AUGUCCAAGAAACUCCAUAUUACUGCUAGUACCACAUACGAUGAUGCGUUUCAAACUGUUCCCGUGAACAGUGGUCGUGCCUUACAAUUUGAAUCAGACUUGGGCCUAGUCCUGGUUCAAAUUUAUAUCAAGGAUUUCGAUGGAAGCAACAAACAUACUCCAGGGACCGAAGAUGGGCCUGAAACUGACAAUCAGUCAACCCCUAAUUUCAGACUAUUGAUUACGUUGAAGCCGUCAGAGGCAAUUCUGGGAACACAACUUUUGUUUGGUAACGAAUGCUUAACACCUGUGAAGGAUCGGGUUCCCGUCUCCUUAUUAUCCACAGGUCUCAAAUUCUUUUCUUGGUUUAUCAAUCCGUCGAUAAAGAGUGAUCUUUACGGUGACAUGCCAUAUUUAUAUGGUUACGCCCUCAACAGCUUCAGCAAAAUAAAUGUCCGCAAAGAUAUCACUAAUACUGAUGGGCAAGAUUCCAUAGUACCUCUGGCUGGGAGCACAGAAAACUUGAAUGAAGGUUUAGACAACCAAGAUAUUCCAAUUAAAUCCGAAGGUCGCAAGAAGUUCUUUACUAAUGCAGACAAUGCUUCAAAAUUCACAUUCCUAGAAGGUCAAACUUACACUUUUCAAUUUGACACCGAUUUGAUAAAAUUGGGCAAUUCACAACACAAAAUUCUGAUCCCAACGUACGGGAAUCGCACCUUGGAUAUUGAUGUUGCACAGUAUGCCAACGAAAAUUUGAAUAAUUUCAACUGGGUUUUAAAGAAGGAUGGAAUGAAUGGUGCAAAGGAGGGAACAAUUGGUUUACUUAUCAAUUUUGCUCUUACUGUAGACGACUCCAAUACAGAGUGA